UUCAAUUCAUUCGAACAACUUUGGAUUAAUUUUGUUAAUGAAAAAUUACAACAAUUUUUCAACCAUCAUAUGUUUGUAUUGGAGCAAGAAGAAUAUGCACGUGAAGGAAUCCAAUGGACAUUUAUAGAUUUUGGUUUAGAUUUACAAGCAUGCAUUGAAUUAAUUGAAAAACCAUUAGGCAUUCUAUCAAUGUUAGAUGAAGAAUGCAUCGUACCAAAAGCAACCGAUCUUACAUUGGCGCAAAAAUUAAAUGAUCAACAUUUGGGUAAACAUCCAAAUUUUGAAAAGCCUAAACCACCAAAAGGUAAACAAGGUGAUGCGCAUUUUGCUAUGCGACAUUAUGCUGGUACGGUACGAUAUAAUGUGACAAAUUGGUUGGAAAAGAAUAAAGAUCCAUUAAAUGAUACUCUUGUAUCGGUUAUGAAGCAUUCAAAUGGUAAUGCGCUUUUAAAUGAAAUUUGGCAAGAUUAUACAACACAAGAAGAAGCUGCUGCUGCUGCUAAAGAUGGUGGAGGAGGAGGUAAAAAGAAGGGUAAAUCCGGUUCAUUCAUGACCGUUUCAAUGUUAUAUCGUGAAUCAUUGAAUAAACUGAUGACAAUGUUAAAUAUGACUCAUCCACAUUUUAUUCGCUGUAUAAUACCAAAUGAGAAGAAACAAUCCGGUUUACUGGAUGCAGCAUUGGUAUUAAAUCAGCUAACAUGUAACGGUGUACUGGAAGGUAUUCGUAUCUGUCGUAAAGGUUUUCCCAACAGAUUGGUCCAUAAAGAUUUCAAGCAACGUUAUUCAUUGCUUGCCGCGGAUGAAUCGGUCAGUACAACCGAUAUGAAGAAAUGUGCGGAAGCAAUGUUGAAACGAUUAGUAAAGGAUAAUAUUUUGACAGAUGAAAAUUUCCGAAUUGGUGAAACGAAAGUAUUCUUUAAAGCUGGCGUAUUAGCGCAUUUGGAAGAUAUUCGUGAUGAAGCAUUAAAAACGCUUCUAACAAAAUUACAAUCACAAAUUAAAUGGUAUUUGGGUUUAACCGAUAAAAAACGACGUGUUCAACAAAAAGCUGGCUUACUUAUCGUACAACGAAAUGUACGUGCAUGGUGCUCAUUGCGUACUUGGGAAUGGUUUAAAUUAUACACUAAAGUUCGACCGAUGUUAAAAGAAGGAAAAGUAGCAGAAGAGAUGGAAAAAUUACAGGAGAAAUUAAAAUCACUUGAAGAUACACUACAAAAAGAGGAAAGUUUGCGAAAAAAUUUGGAUGAUACAGCGAAAAAAAUGGAAGCCGAAAAAGCGGAAUUAUUUGAAAAAUUGGAAUCUGUUAAGAAUAAUCUUACCACAUCGGAGGGAAAUCUUUCACAAAUGGAAAAUGCAAAAACGGAUGCUGAUAGAAAACUUGAGGAAUUAAAUGAACAACUUGCUGAUGUUGAAGAUCAAAAUACGGAAAUUCAACGAUCCAAAAAGAAAGUGGAAGGUGAAAUUGAUGCAUUAAAGAAACAAAUUCAGGAUUUGGAAAUGAGCGUACGUAAGGCAGAAAUGGAGAAGCAAUCAAAGGAUCAUCAAAUUCGUUCACUUCAAGAUGAACUUCAACAACAAGGAGAAUCAAUCGCUAAAUUAAACAAAGAAAUUAAGCAUCAGGAUGAGUUGAAUAAAAAAAUUACGGAAGAUUUACAAGGUGAAGAAGAUAAAGCAAAUCAUGCAAGCAAAAUUAAAAGUAAAUUGGAGCAAACGUUAAAUGAUUUGGAAGAUAGUUUGGAACAAGAAAAACGUGCAAAAGCUGAUAGUGAAAAAUCGAAGAGGAAACUUGAAGGAGAAUUGAAAAUUGCGCAAGAAACAAUCGAAGAAGCAACACGUCAACGACGUGAUUUAGAAAAUAAUAUGAGACGUAAAGAAACCGAAUUGAAUACAUUAAGUAGUCGAUUAGAAGAUGAACAAUCAACAAUUAGUAAAUUACAACGACAAAUUAAGGAAUUACAAAGUCGUGCAGCGGAAUUGGAAGAUGAAGUGAAUAAUGAGCGACAAUCACGAUCAAAAACUGAAAAAGCACGUUCAGAUAUUCAACAUGAAUUGGAUGAAUUAAAUGAUCGUUUAGAUGAGCAAGGUGGUGCAACAGCAGCGCAAAUAGAAAUUAAUAAAAAACGUGAAGCUGAAGUGGCUAAACUUCGUCGUGAUAUCGAAGAAGCUAAUAUGAAUCAUGAAAGUCAACUAUCUGCGCUACGUAAAAAGCAUACCGAUGCAGUUGCUGAAUUAACUGAUCAAUUAGAUCAAAUUCAAAAACAAAAGCAAAAAUUGGAAAAAGAUAAAUCACAUUAUGUACGAAAUAUGGAAGAUUUAGCUGCCCAAUUAGAUAGUGAAUGUGCUGCUAAAGUUAGCAAUGAAAAAUUGGUAAAACAAUUUGAAUUGCAAUUAAAUGAUUUGCAAGCUCGAGCAGAUGAGCAAUCACGUCAAUUACAUGAUUAUAGUUCAAUUCGUAAUCGUCUUGGAAAUGAAAAUAGCGAUAUGUUACGACAAUUGGAAGAUGCGGAAGAGCAAGUUGCAACAUUACAACGAUUUAAAGCUCAAUUAACGCAACAAAUUGAAGAUAUUCGUUCAGCUACUGAUGAAGAAGUACGUGAACGGCAAGCACUUUCAGCGCAAGUGAAAAAUUUACAGGUGGAAGCAGAACAAGCACAUAAUAAUUUGGAGGAAGAGAUUGAUUCGAAGAAUGAAGUAGCAAGACAAUUGAGUAAAGCAAAUGGUGAAAUUCAACAAUGGCAAUCACGUUUCGAACAAGAUGGUAUGCUUCAAGCAACGGAAAUUGAAGAAGCUCGUCGUAAGCAAGGUGUUAAAAUUAGUGAAUUACAAGAAGCGCUUGAACAAGCUAAUCAGAAGAUUAUAUCAUUGGAAAAAACACGAUCACGCCUUCUUGGUGAUCUUGAUGAUGCGCAAGUUGACGUAGAACGUGCGAAUGCUUUAGCAAGUCAACUGGAGAAGAAGCAAAAAGGCUUUGAUUCACUUGUUGAUGAAUGGAAAAAGAAAGCUGAUGAUAUGACAGCAGAACUUGAUGCUGUUCAGCGUGAAGUACGUAAUUUGUCAACAGAUUUGUUCAAAAUGAAAACAACCCAUGAAGAAUAUUCUGAAACAGUUGAAGGACUUCGUCGUGAAAAUAAAGUUUUAAGUAAUGAAAUUAGAGAUCUUACUGAUCAACUUGGUGAAGGUGGACGUUCUCAACAUGAAAUGCAAAAAAUGAUUCGACGAUUAGAAAUUGAGAAAGAAGAAUUGCAACAUGCUCUUGAUGAAGCAGAAGGAGCAUUGGAAGCAGAAGAAAGUAAAGUAAUGCGAGCGCAAGUGGAAGUUUCGCAGAUACGUUCUGAAAUUGAAAAACGAAUACAGGAGAAAGAAGAAGAUUUUGAGAAUACUCGACGAAAUCAUCAACGUGCAUUGGAAUCAAUGCAAGCAUCAUUGGAAGCAGAAUCAAAGAGUAAAAAUGAGCUUCUACGUUUGAAGAAAAAGCUUGAAUCAGAUAUUAAUGAGCUUGAAAUUGCACUCGAUCAUGCUAAUAAAGGAAAUGCUGAUGCGCAAAAGAAUCUAAAACGUUGCACGGAGCAAAUUCGUGAACUUCAACUACAGAUCGAAGAAGAGCAACGACAACGUGAUGAAAUGAAACAACAUUAUUAUACCGCUGAAAAACGUGUGCAAAUUUUGGAAGCUGAAAAAGAUGAAAUUAGCCAAGCAUUGGAACAAGCGGAACGAGAACGACGACAAAUGGAAAUGGAAGCAAGUGAAAGUCGUGAGCAGGCUAAUGAAUUAAAUAUGCAAGUUAGUAAUCUUAGCGCCGCAAAGAGGAAAGCUGAAGGAGAGUUACAGGCUAUUCAUGCGGAUAUGGAUGAAACAUUGAAUGAAUUUCGUGCGUCGGAAGAACGAAGUAAGAGAGCAAUCGGUGAUGUUGAAAGGCUUGCUGAAGAAUAUCGGCAAGAACAGGAACAUGGUUUGCAUAUUGAUAGGAUGAGGAAAGGCCUUGAAGCACAGAUUAAAGAUAUGCAAGGACAAUUGGAAGCAGCAGAGCAAGCAGCACUAAAAGGAGGCAAAAAAGUAAUUGCUAAAUUAGAACAACGCAUUCAUGAUCUCGAAGGUGAACUUGAUGGUGAACAACAUCGUUAUCAGGAAGUUAAUAAAAAUGUUGCAAAAUCCGAAAGGCGAGUACGCGAAUUACAAUUUCAAGUGGACGAAGAUAAGAAAAAUUAUGAACGUUUGCAGGAUCUUGUUGAUAAACUUCAAAAUAAAAUUAAAACACAAAAGAAGCAAUUAGAAGAUGCGGAAGAGUUAGCAAAUCUAAAUUUGCAAAAAUAUCGACAAAUCCAGCAUCAAUUGGAAGAUGCCGAAGAGCGUGCUGAUAAUGCUGAAAAUUCCGUCACAAAAAUGCGUUCAAUGAGCCGAACAGCGAUGUCAGCUGCACCGGGUGCUGGAUUACAAGGAGCUCGUUCCGCUACCGUACUUCGAUCAUCAUCUCGUAAUCGAAUUUCCGACUAUUAG